UGAUACACCAGAGGUAAACAGACUUCUGAAAAUGAGGAUAUCAACAUUAGCUAGCUAGCUUGUCUUUGGUCAGGUCCAUAUGUUACGUUAAGGUAAAAGUGGAACCAUAACGGAAUCGCCGUGUGAUGAAUGGGUAUUUUGGUCCAACGUAAGUCCCCGUGCUAGUUGUAUAUACCUGUUAAACUAAGUGAUUGAGACUGUGUGGCUUGGUCAUUGGAUCUCGAACGCCCACCCAGACGACCACCACCUUAUCAAUGUUUUAUGUUAGCUGUCCAGUCCAAUGCUAGGGUUAACUACUGUGGGCUAGCUUGAACCUACGUUAAAGACGAUUACUCUUUUCUUCAUUUGUUGACAACAUACUGUGUGUCAGAUAAAGAUUAUUCUGUCAUGUAAAUUGUAUUUGAGUUUAGUGGUUCCUGACAUUUUCAGGACACACGAACUUCCAGAUGUUGUGCAGACUGAAAGUACAUUAACGCUUCCCCAUCCAUGCAUCAAGCUAACCUUGCUAUCAAGCUAGCAAAACGGCAGUUGUCUACUACCUCGAAUCAACGUCAGCGCUUCGAUACGACGACAGUGAAACUGGAUUGCAAAUCAUUAGCCUGUCAUUAGUAUUUCUAAUCUCAUUUCGAUCAGAAUUCUGACAUUUGUUCAAGUGAACAGAGGACGAGCUAAUGCUACCUUAAACAUCAGCUACCCCAGUCCCAUUUCCUGUUUUUAAAGGUCUCUUGUAUUGUUCUCAAGGCAGCACUGACAGUUCGUAAAGGUUGUGCAUGCGGCUCGGUCUGUGAGCUUGCGCUGUGUACAGCACCACCGAGACCCCCUCACUCUCAGCUGCCUCUGUAACUGCAACAUAAUCCCCGACACAGUAGCACUAUUGGUGGGAGUGGUCAAGCAGGAGAGUGGAGGUGGAGGUGGAGAGGGAGUGGGUGGAGGUAGGUGGUGGAGCUGGAUCUGGUGGUCUGUUCCUGACCCUGCCUUGUGACUUGGCCUGACUGGCUUUUCCCCCCUCUUGGCGCUCUCUCAGUCCAUGUUCCCUAUGCUAACCCUGCUGAGCAUGUUCUACUACAUCUGUCUGCGGCGCCGCUGUAGGAGUGGUUCCCGGAGCGAGGCGCUGGGCAGCCGGAGGGCCGUGGAGCUUGCGCAGAGAGCCUCCGGUCCGGCAGGGGGCAGUAGCGGCGGCGGUGAGCUGGAGCAGUACGCCAAAGAGGUGGUGGACUUCAGCUCACACUAUGGCAGUGAGAACAGCAUGUCGUAUACCAUGUGGAACCUGGCAGGGGCGCCCAAUGUCUACCCAAGCUCGGGUGACUUCACACAGACGGCCGUGUUCAGGACGUAUGGGCGCUGGUGGGAGCACUGCCCCAGCGCGGCACCCCCGUACCGGCGCACUCCCAGAUCCUUCCACAGCAAGGACUACCUGGAGCUGGCCUUCGAGGAGCCCGUAUACCCCACGGCCGUGGAGGUGCUGGAGACCUACCACCCAGGGGCAGUGGUGCAGAUCCUGGCCUGCUCGCUCAACCCGUUCUCCCAGAACCCGCCCAGUGAGGUCCGAUGGGAGGUUCUGUGGUCAGGGGAGCCCAGUAAGGCCCCCACCCACCAGUCUCGCCAGUUUUCCCCGACGAUUCGUCAGCUGAGCUUCCCCACCAACCUGCUGCGGGUGGAGGUGAAUAGCAGCUUGAUGGACUACUACACGGAGCUGGACGCAGUCAUCCUGCGCGGGGUGAGGGAGCGGCCCAUGCUGGCCCUCUACAAGAUGCCCCUCAUCGACAUGAACGACCUGAGCGACGGCGAGGACGAGGUGGUCAUCAGCAGUCAGCGCCACCCGCUGGCCGGAGAUGGCAAGCACUACACAGGAAACGGAUACUUCGACAAGCUGCCGUACGAGCUGAUCCAGCUGAUUGUGAGUCACCUGACUCUGCCGGACCUGUGCCGCCUGGCUCAGAGCUGUAAGCUCCUGCAGCAGCACUGCGCUGACCCGCUCCAGUACCUGCAGCUGAGCCUGCAGCCGUACUGGGCCACGCUCACCGACGCCUCGCUGGUGCACCUGCAGCCCCGCUGCGCCCUGCUGCAGCGCCUCAACAUGUCCUGGACCGGCAACCGAGGAGCCAUCACCUCCACAGGCUUCUGCAGUUUCCUAAAGGUGUGCGGCUCGAGCCUGGUGAGUCUGGAGCUGUCGUGUUGUCACUUUCUGAACGAGGCGAGCAUGGAGGUGAUCUCCCAGACCUGCCCGCGCCUCCAGCAGCUCAACCUGGCCUCCUGUGACCGCCUGCAGCCCCAGGCCUUCAGCCACAUAGCCAAGCUCAGCAGCCUGCGCCGGCUGGUGCUCUACCGCACCAAAAUAGAGCAAACAGCCUUGCUGAGCAUCCUGACCUUCUGCGCUGAGCUUCAGAACCUCAACCUGGGCAGCUGUGUCCGGAUCCAGGACUAUGACGUGGUGGCGAGCAUGCUGUCGGUGCGGUGCCGCCGCCUGCGCUCCCUGGACCUGUGGCGGUGCGGGAGCCUGACGGAGCGGGGCCUGGCGGAGCUGGCGUCGGGCUGCCGCCUGCUGGAGGAGCUGGACCUGGGCUGGUGCUCCACGCUGCAGAGCAGCUCCGGAUGCUUCCAGCACAUGGCCCGCUGCCUGCCCCGCCUGCGCAAGCUCUUCCUCACUGCCAACCGCACCGUCUGCGACUCCGACCUCGACGAACUGGCCGCCUGCUGCCCCCGACUGCAUCAUGUCGACAUACUGGGCACACGGAUGGUGAGCCCCGCCUCCCUGAAGAAGCUCCUCCAAUCAUGUCCAGAGCUAAAGCUGGUGGACGUGUCCUUCUGUUCACAAAUCGACACUCGAGCCGUCCAAGAGCUCUCUACUCUGUUUCCCAAUGUGGCCAUCAAGAAGAGCUUUACACAGUGACGCUGUGCCACACACACACACACACACACACACACACAUACACACACUCGCAUUCACACACACACAUACACA